UCCACAAGAUCGAUAUACUAAUUUUGUCAAUAAUGUACAACAAAAUAUCGUAAUUAAUAUUAUUAAGAAACAAAAUCCUUCUGAAUUAGAGUCUUCAUUUAAAACUUUUAUUUCUUUUAUUGAAAAUAUAGUUGAAAAUAUAUCUGUAGGUAAUAAUUUUGCGAAAAGGAAAAGUUUGAUAAAAGAGAAAGGUAAUGCUGAUCAGGCCUCUUUAAGUAAGGAUAAACUAACCCAAGUUUCUUGGAUACUUUAG